GUUUCACCCUUUUCAACACUUUAUUCUAAACCCCCACGUUCUCACUUUCUUCACUCACCCCUUUUCUUGCACCACAUAACAUUAAAACACACUCUGCAGUGUUACUCAAGGUUUUCAUUCUUCUUGAAUCUUUGCUCAAAGUAAAUAUGAUUCAGAUUACAAUUACAUGGAUUGGGUUAUUGAUGUUAUGGUGUAUCUGCACUGGAAUGGCGGAGGAGGGGGAAUACAUGAAGUACAAAGACCGAAGUCAGCCGGUGGCAAUUAGAGUGCAAGAUCUUCUGAGUAGAAUGACUUUGGAAGAGAAGAUUGGGCAGAUGGUUCAGAUUGAUAGAAUUGCAGCUACUCCAGAUAUCAUGCAGAAGUACCAUAUUGGUAGUUUAUUAAGUGGUGGGGGAAGUUCGCCACUUCCACAAGCCACUGCAACAGAUUGGGUUAACAUGGUGAAUGGAUUUCAAAAGGGGUCACUUGCCACUCGUCUUGGUAUCCCAAUGAUAUAUGGAAUUGAUGCUGUUCAUGGGAACAACAAUGUCUUUAACGCAACAAUUUUUCCGCAUAAUGUCGGGCUCGGAGCUACAAGGGACCCUGAACUUGUGAGAAGAAUUGGGGCUGCUACUGCUCUUGAAGUUAGAGCUACGGGGAUACCUUAUGCAUUUGCUCCUUGUAUUGCAGUCUGCAGAGACCCAAGAUGGGGUCGUUGUUAUGAAAGUUAUAGUGAAGAUCCCAAGGUUGUUCAAGAAAUGACUGAUAUUAUAUUGGGUUUGCAAGGCGAAAUCCCAAACGGUACCAGAAAGGGAGUUCCUUAUGUUGCUGGAAAGAAUAAUGUUGUGGCUUGUGCAAAGCACUUUGUGGGUGAUGGUGGGACAACCGAAGGUAUAAACGAGAGCAACACUGUGAUUGACACGCAUGGGUUGCUAAGCAUCCACAUGCCACCCUAUUAUGACUCUGUCAUUAAGGGUGUCUCAACAGUCAUGGUUUCAUACACUAGCUGGAAUAAUAAGAAGAUGCAUUCCAACCGUGAUCUAAUUUCUACGUUUCUAAAGGAUACCCUUAAUUUUAAGGGCUUUGUUAUCUCUGAUUGGGAGGGUAUCGACAGGAUUACUUCACCACCCCAUUCAAAUUACACCUACUCUGUGGAGGCUAGUAUACUUGCAGGCAUUGAUAUGGUAAUGGUCCCAGUCAAGUUUUCUGAAUUCAUUGAUGAUCUUACUAACCUGGUCAAGAACAAAUAUAUUCCCAUGGACCGUAUUGAUGAUGCUGUUGGGAGAAUUUUACAAGUCAAGUUCAUCUCAGGUCUCUUUGAGAACCCUCUUGCUGAUUUCAGUCUAGUCAAUGAGCUCGGAAAACAGGAACACAGAAACUUAGCAAGGGAGGCCGUAAGGAAAUCAGUUGUGCUUCUGAAAAACGGGAAGAGUGCGGAUGAUCCAUUGUUGCCCCUUCCCAAGUACGUUCCCAGGAUUUUAGUUGCCGGUAGCCAUGCUGAUAAUCUUGGUUAUCAGUGCGGUGGAUGGACAAUCAACUGGCAGGGUUUCAGUGGCAAUAAUAACACAGCUGGAACCACUAUUCGCAGUGCCGUAAGUUCUGCAGUUCUGCCAGGAACCGAAGUUGUUUACCUCGAGAACCCUGAUAGCGAUGAUGUAAAGUCUGGUAACUUCGCUUAUGCUAUUGUCGUUGUUGGGGAGCACCCAUAUACCGAGAGUUUUGGGGAUAGCAAAAAUCUCACAAUGGCAGAUCCAGGUCCAAAUGUGAUUAACAAUGUAUGUGGGGCAGUCAAGUGUGUUGUCGUUCUUAUAUCAGGGAGACCCAUUGUAAUACAGCCAUAUAUGUCUACCAUUGACGCCUUGGUGGCAGCCUGGUUACCUGGCAGUGAGGGUCAAGGAGUUACUGAUGUUCUUUUUGGGGAUUAUGGAUUCACCGGAAAGCUGCCAAGAACUUGGUUUAAAACUGUUGACCAACUUCCUAUGAACAUUGGAGAUUCAAAUUAUGAUCCCCUCUUCCCCUUUGGAUUUGGACUCUCAACAAAAACUGAAGUGGCAAAGACACUAUCAGCUGGGGCUCACGGAAGACCAAAUUUGUUCGCAAUUUUAAUAUCUUUGAUGGCAGGUUUUUAUUUGAGAUCUGUAUAAGUAGAAUUAGCAUGAAGUAGUCAUUAAUCCAUAGAAUGAAUUUUUUUCCUAGUGCUCUGAUUUAACAUUUUGUAGUAGUGAGAUGAGAUUGUUAGUUUAUAACUAGUUUAAGGAGAACCGAUAUUCGAAUUAGAGCCUCCGUUUUAAUUUUGGCUGAUAUGUACUCGUUCUAUUGUACAAUUUCUCUUAGUUAUUUUAAAAAUUAAUAUUUAUCAAAUUUUAAUUUAUUUAGAUAA